AUGUUGAAACUCGCCAUGCCUUUCAUUACACCCAUCUUUUUAAACAUAUUUAAUUGUUCCCUUCAGUCAGGUAUAUUCCCGACUGUUUGGAAGAAAGCACUUGUGACCCCUCUACCUAAGGUGAAACAACCCUCUGAGUUAAAUCCUUUUCGGCCCAUUAGCGUGACAAGCGCGCCAUCAAAGCUUCUCGAGGCGGUGGCACUCAAGCAGAUGUCAGCUUUCGUGGAGUCUAACAGACUGCUGUGCCCCCAGCAGUCGGGUUUCCAUAAUCACCACAGUAUUCAUACUGCACUGAUAAAUCUUGUUGAUGAAAUUAGGGCCUCUAUGGAUGUUGGUCACGUCAUGUUGCUAGUGUCCGUGGACUUUCGGCGCGCUUUCGAUGAGCUCAACAUUGAUGUGCUAGUAAUAGGGCUCCUUUCUCUUGGUUUCUCCGAUUCUGCUUGUGGCUGA